CCUGAAGAGAGCAAAUGGAAGAUUGGAUCCAAUGUUUUAGGGCCAAAAUGGCGUGGCCGUGGGGUUCCCAAGUCCCGUCGAAGCAUUCCUUUGACUAACAACUAAUAUCUUGACCCCCUUGUUCCCUCGUUGUCAGCGUCACUUUUUCGAGGUCGGUCCGUUACCCAACUUUUAUUUCCUUCCACUUUCUCGGGAUCCCGCCUUAAUGUUUGUUUCCUCUUCAGCUUGUCUGCUUCUGUUGCUGACGUUGCCUUUUGGAGUGUUCUGCUGCUUCCAGUUGACAAGCUUCCGUAGCACGGUACUGCCGUCGAUAGCACCGUGUACAAAGCCGUGGUGGAAUGCGGAAUCUCACAGGUUUCUGAUAUUGGAUCUUCCCACUGUGCCUAUGCUGUUAGUAGUCUCCUCCAAACAGCUGUCUAUUGUACGCCAGUCGUGCAGAGUCGAGAGAUAGAUAGGCAUUGGAUAUUGGCUGACUGCGUUGCGUCCACUCAAGUUGCGCCCCCUUUUCGUGUGACCCCCCUGUUGUUUCUUCUUGAUUUCCUCUUGAUAGUCUGGAAACUAGUCCAACUUCCCUUAUCCGCGGCAACGAUGGAAAUUCAACCCGAGACUUUGGUUUUUUGGCAAAGAGAAGGGUGCAACGGAAGCAUACCUAUCGGGGCAAAAAAAAAAAAAAAAA